CCGAGUAAACACUCCAGCUCCCACGAGCCCACGCUACUCGGGCCAGGCUUCGCACCUCCUCGCGACCUCGAAUCCUGAGACGCCCGUUUUAAAUCGAUCCGGCGGUCUGACUUUUUGACACAAUGGCACACGCCGCCGCCAAACCCCCGGCCCUCGACGUGUCCCCAACUCAUAUCGUCGCCACCCUCUUCUACAAAACGGACAGUCUUCACUUCUUCCCCCACCCCGACGCCUCUCCGCAUAGCCCGACCGAUCGCCUCCCGUCUGCCUCCCUCCAGUCGCUCAAAGAUGGCGCCGCACCUACCGACAAGAUCGAAGACUACCCUCUCGAGCCGCCCACGCCGGGCCCCAAUCCGCUAGACCACCUAUACGGCUCGUAUAUCAGCCAGAGCUGCCUGACGGACUUCUUCGUCACGCUCACGGACAUGAUACCAGGCUUGAUGGAGGACACGAUUGUGAGCAGGAGGCUGGAGUGCACUAAGCUCUGCCGGGUGGUGGAGGUGACGUUCCCGCUACCCAGUACCUCAGCCAUCACGCUGGAGACGCUAAGGCGAAAUGAGGCGAUCUCCCGUUUUGAGCGCGAAUGGAAUGUUGAGGCUGUGUUUCAAGCCGACACGGUAUAUCGCCGGUACAAGCGGUUAGCCGUCUUCGACAUGGACUCCACGCUCAUCCAGCAAGAGGUCAUCGACGAGAUCGCGACUCUGAUUGGGGUCGAAGACCAGGUCUCAGCUAUUACCGCUGCUGCCAUGAAUGGCGAAUUAGACUUCGAGGCCAGCUUACGGAAACGCUGCGCGCUGUUGAAAGGCGUCCCGAGCACGGUGUGGGAGACGUUGAAGCCGAGGAUAACGUUGAACGAAGGCGUCUUGGCGCUGAUAAAAGCAUUAAAGAAACUUGGAUUCAAAACCGCCGUGUUGAGCGGUGGAUUUACUCCGCUUACGGGGUGGAUGGGUAAAGAGUUGGGCAUGGACUACGCCUUCGCGAACCACCUUGUCUUGUCGGAAGACGGGCAGGAGCUCACGGGCGAACUUACGGGCGACAUCGUACAUGCACAGAGGAAGAAGCAGCACGUCCUCGACAUCGCCGAAAAGGAGGGCCUAUUACUGGAUCAAGUGGUGGUUGUUGGGGAUGGCGCGAACGAUCUGCCUAUGAUGAGCAUCGCUGGGCUGGGCGUUGCUUUCCAUGCGAAACCGAAAGUUCAGAUGCAAGCGCCGGCGCGGCUAAAUUCGAAGAGUAUGUUGGAUAUACUAUAUCUUCUUGGAAUCUCGAAAGAAGAGCAGGAGGUUCUUCUACGGUAGUUAGUCCGACAAUGACAACUCGUGGCUGGCGGCCGCAAACCAAAGUUUUCUCGCC